ACCAUCCCUACACCGAAGGCUGAAAAAACUUUUAGGGUUUAGGCCAUGGUGUGCUUCUGUUUUCUAGUGGACCAAACAAGGAAGGUGAGGAGGAGCAAGCCGGCGGCCGGAACAUGCUCCCGGUGCGGCAGCGGAGCGAGCGUGGCGGAUAUGAGGACGGCCACCAGGUUUUGCCACGUGCCUUUUUAUUGGAAAUCUUGGAAGGCUAUCAUGUGUACAUUCUGCGGAGCUAUUCUGAAAUCUUAUCGAUGAGUUUGUAUUAAGGCAUGGGUACUUUUGCUUCGUCUUAGUAUGAAAAAAAAAACUUGGAUUGUAUUGAUGGAGGCCCCGAAGCUUUCUGGAUAUGAUGAAAGUUGAUGGAAGAGUCUUUGUAUAUUAAUGGAAGCUCAAGGUUGGGUUUUGAGUGA